AUGUGGAACCGCGUAGCUGGGACCAUAGGCCUAAAGCACGACUUACGCAAGCCCACAGCUCAUCAGUAUUCGACCGACUGCUCGGAUGACGAGGCUUCCUCAGCUGCCAGCAGGGACGAGGAGGGUCUCGAGUGCCCCAUAUGCUGGGAGUCUUUCAACCUCGUCGAGAACAUACCCUACGUCCUGUGGUGCGGGCACACUCUAUGCAAGAACUGCAUCAUGGGCCUUCAGUGGGCCGUCGUCAAAUUCCCGACUCUACCCCUGCAGCUCCCUCUCUUCAUAUCCUGCCCAUGGUGCAACCUCCUUUCCCUCCGCCUCGUCUACCGCGGGAAUUUGAAAUUUCCUCGCAAGAACUUCUUCCUUCUGUGGAUGCUCGAGAGCAUGAACGGUGAUCGGGUGAAAUCCGGCUCGUCUGGCGCCUGUGGAGACCACAUGACCCACGUGAAAGUGAGCAACAGUCACCAUUCGGAGCACUUGGCGGAUUCUGUUCGUCAUCACUCUCACUCUAUUGAUCAUAAUUAUAAUAAUAAUUAUUUCUCCCUUGAGAGAUUGCACGUGUCUCUGAGGAAGUCGCUCGUUUUCUUUGUGCACCUAACUGCCAAGUUUCCGCUCGUCAUAAUCUUUCUGCUCAUCAUUCUUUACGCCAUACCUGCGAGCGCGGCUAUCCUGGCGCUGUACGUGCUCAUCACGGUCGUCUUUGCUAUGCCGUCAUUCCUAAUUCUGUACUUUGCGUAUCCGAGUUUGGAUUGGCUCGUGAGGGAGAUCAUCACGUGA